GUGACGUGAACCAUGUAAAUAUUAAAAAUAUGACACUAAAAAUAUUCAUGAGGACAGCGAUCCUUCUUGUACAGCCACUGCACAGGAUGUAAACCUGGGUCGCAUGCUUUUAAAUUAGAUUCUACAAGUUCUAUAAUCAUGAUUUCAAGUAAAAUAACAGUGUCCAGGGGAAUCAGGAGGCGGCUGAUGGUGUCUGUACUACCAGGUGUAGCUGUGGUCCUUUUCCCCGGAUUUCCUGGGUGGAGUUGCUCUCCUUUGCCUUUUCCUUAUUUUUACUGUUCCUAAAGGAAGACUGGCAGAGCUUGUACACAGAAACGCAAUGCAAGGCUGCUCCGCACUUCUGUUUCUAAUCUAUUUUGGUGGAUACUACUGGAUACUACAUAUAGUGUAGUUGUAAUAGGCCUAUAAAUCACUCCUGUGCUCCCUGAAACCUGUUAACAGCAAUCCGGAGUCUUUCAUGCACUACCUGGUUAGUAUCUUUGUCUCUGCAACACUGACACUGUAUCUGAACAAGCUUAAUGGGUAAUUAGAAAUACUUCAAAUAUUCCACUGAAGAGGCCUUCAGGAAAUGGAUCAGACAGGAGUGUGAAAUGCACGAAAACCUCGAUGCCUGCUGGGCUGGAACACUGAGAUGAGCUGGGAAACAUUUACAGUUAUAAUCUGCUAAACGUGUGCUUUAAUGGCAGCUGCUUAAUAAGAUAUCUGGGAUGUGCUCAAGAAUGGGAAGAUGUUUCUUCAAAGAUGAGAACAUGGAAGUGCCAUUUUUAAUACUGAACUGAAAGGGAAACUGAGUAACUGGCAGAAGAGGAAAUGCUGAACGGACAAUGGAUCCACUGCUUCCUUUAAGAUCACCGAGUCCAGCAGCAACAAUACGGGUAAUAUGACAGCAAAGGAUUACAACCAUCUCUUCAAGCUGCUCAUCAUCGGGGACUCCAAUGUCGGGAAAAGCAGUUUGCUACUCCGGUUUGCUGAUAACUCAUUUUCAGGGAGUUACAUCACGACGAUUGGUGUCGACUUUAAGAUCCGCACAGUGGACAUUAAUGGUGAGAAGGUCAAGAUACAGAUCUGGGACACAGCUGGACAGGAGCGAUUCAGGACCAUCACUUCCACGUAUUACCGGAACACUCAUGGUGUCAUCAUUGUCUAUGAUGUGACGAAUCAGGAGUCUUUCGUCAAUGUGAAGAGAUGGUUAAAUGAAAUCUCCCAAAAUUGUGACAAUGUCUGUACGAUCCUUGUGGGCAACAAGAAUGAUAAUCCCUCCAAGAAGGAGGUCCACUUCCAGGAAGCUCAGCACUUUGGAGACUCAGUGGGAGUCAGGAUCUUUGAGACGAGUGCCAAGGAAAAUGUCAAUGUGGAGGAGAUGUUCAUGUCGUUCAUUCACAUGGUUCUGCAUGCAAAAAAACAGAAGCAACAGCAUGCGAAGAGAGACAGAGAACAGGGGAAAGACAAAGUCCGCAUCAAUUCACACCCGGAGCAAGAGAGACGGAUGAAAGGGAAAACACACUGCUAGCACCUUUGGGAGAUUCUGCCUGUGUCCGGUAUGACUGUGAAUUAGGGUUUGUUGAUGUCACGAUAUUAUCUCAUACACCCUAAUACUCAUUUUCUACUUCUUUCAUUCAUUUUUGUUAAUAAUGGAGAUUUGUAUAGUUUGGAAAAUUCUAGUUGGACAAUUACUUAAAUAUUCUAUAAACGCUACUAAUCUUUGUGUUUUAUUACAAAUUGCAAAAGUUUUGUUUUAAAAAGACUCACUGUAAUUAACAAAAAUAAAGAAAUCUUAACAUCU